AUGCCUCAGGAUAUAACAGGUAUUAUUUUCCCAGGAGAAUCCCCUUCCAAAAAAUUUUUUGAUACCCUGAAUAAUGGUGUUUCCACAGUAAUUAAUGAUCCUGUGUACUGCACAACUAUUAAAUAUAGUAAUUCGCUCUUGCAGGGAAUUUGUUCAAGACUAAUAAACUAUUUAAAAUUACAUAAUAAUAAUUUAAGUAAUAGUUAUUAUAAGAAUAUAUAUUGCAACCUAUUAAGUUCCUGGAUAUAUAAUCAAUUAAAAAGCUAUUGUACUAAUCCCUCAUGUGUCGUUGAUGAUGUUUAUAAUAAAAUUCAGGACAUAUUUACGGUACAAUAUUCACUUAUAAACCUUAAUAAAGAUAAUUUUAAAUGUCAAUUUGAUCCUAUUUCUAUUCUGAAGGAUGAUCAUGAAGAAAGAAUAAAAUUAUACGAUUAUUACUUACAAUAUGACACAAUAAAGUCUAAUUUUGUAAAAGAAAAUGACAAUAGCAAUAUAUAUUGCUCAUAUUUUAAACAUAUAGAUUCUCUAUGUAAACUCCCUCAUAAGGACUGUUUAACUGAUGAUACAAAUAACUGCUCAAAAAUUCAUAAUAUAUGCAUACGUUAUAAUCCGGAUAUCUUUUUAAAUGAUGAAAAAUGUCAAGAAGUGAAAAUUCAACAAUCUUUACAUCAAAAAGAGGAUCAUAAUGAACAAGGAGUGUCCUUCCCUGUUAUUGCUACAGCUAUGGAUGAAGACAUACCCAGAGAAUCACAUAGUGAAGAAAAAGAUUUACAAUUAUUACGUAAUGAAGGAGGUUCUAUAGACAACUCACACUUAGCAAGUUAUAAUACCACUACUUUAAGAACACUUGGUAAUGCGUUUUGGGGAAUAUUUGGAUCAUUCCUUAUUCUUGGUAUUCUAUAUAAAUUUUCCCCCCUUGGAAGGAUGUUACGUAAUAACGUUAAAAUAAUAAGAUACAAAAUAAAGAAAAUAAGUCAAAACAAUGAACAUUAUCCUAAUGUUUCAGAAUUUAAUCAUCGAUUUAUUCAGGAUCAAAAUGGGUACUAUAUAGGUUACAACUAUAAUUGA